UGUAAUGCUUUGGUCGCAGAAGCGUCAUAAUUUACCACGAGCGGUCAUAAAUAACAAAUCGCUAUGUUUCGCACAAUCUACCUGCAACAACAAACCGAUGUGUACGUGUAAUUAUUACAUAUAUGUAUGUAUAUAGGUGUGAAUUUUAAUGUUGUCUAUUCUCCGCCCGAUUCUUUGGUGUUCUCCGCGUAUGUUGUAUGGACCGUACCGUUUCGCUUAAGCUGACCAACUGAAGCGCGUCCAUAAUUUGGCCCAACAUCGAUGCUGGCGGUGCUCUGUGAUGGCCGCCUCAUACGUUGGUUUUGCUUCUAAGCCGCGUUAUUGAAUUCUUAAGCACAUACAUACAUACCUAAGUGUGUACGUUGGACUAAGGCGAAUGCUUUGUGCGAAGCGUUUCUAUAAGUAAAGCAUUGGAGUACGUGGGCUUGACGUGGUUGAAUUCGUCAUAUCUAUAGCUAAAGUGGCCUUUGUGACACACAUUAAAGGGUCUUACAUUCAUUACGGGCAGUCAAUUUCUUGGUAGUUACAACAAUGCGAUACAUUGUAUGGAGGGGUAUGGAAAGUAUAUGUAUCCAGAUGGCAGUCAAUACAGAGGAAGUUUUAAAAAAGGGAAAUUUCACGGUAUCGGAGAGAUCACUUUAACUAAACCAUUCAAUUUUAAAUUUGUUGGCGAAUUUGACGACGGAAAAUUGAUAAAGUUGCAGGAAAUGACAUAUCAUGAUGGACUGCACUUAAAUGCCAAAUUUAAAGAUAAAAAAUUAAAUUUCGACGAAUGGAAAUAUUGUACAGAGGAAGAUCGACGCACUUCUUGGGAAAUUAUCAACGGUUUGGGACCAAGCGGACAGCAUACGAUCAUGACUAAUCUCGAACCGGGCACAUAUGAUGUCGGUGGUGGUAUCUACAAAGAGAAUACUGGUUGGGUAGUACGAAUUCCGCCACCAUUCUUUUCGGUGAAAUUUUUAUCAUGUAAUAAAGAAAGAGAAUGGAUCCAAAAGAAUUGUCGCAAAGGUCCCUGGGACAGAGACGUUAAUUAUCCAUUGGUGGAACCCAUACCAGAAAUUGGCAAAAAAAUUAUCAAUGCCAAUAUCAAAGAACUGCAUAUACUACAUAGUUGUGCUUGUGAUACAAGGUACGAACAUAAAACUCGUGCCGAGAAAUCGUCGGAAGGUGAUGAAAGUGCACCCACAGACUUUCCGACAUCGAAAUCCAGUAGUCUAUCGAGUUUUUGUGAUGAAUUAAUAAAGAUCGAUCUUCGCGAAAUGUGCUACAACGAGGAAAGAACACUGAAAUAUGCUUUACCUGAUAGAAGGUCGAAAAUAUAUUUCUCUCUGCCCAAUCAAUUUUUUACGUCUCCACCUCAUGAUUUUACAAAUGCUUAAAUAAAUACUUUAAUCCCAUUUUAAACAUUAUCAAA